UUGGACGGCUGAGGUCACGUGUCACCUCACGCCUCUCCUCCAAUGGGGAAAAGUUACUCCUCCUGCUCGGGACGAUGUGCUCCAGGUGUGCGACGCCGCCCGAAGACUAGCAUUCAUAUUUUGUUCCCUACAGAACAAAAAUAAAAUAAAAAGCAGUUUUAAAGAUGGCUCCCGCUAUUUGGUCGCUUCUGGUUGUCGUCUCCUCAGCCGCCGUCUCAGUGGCCGUCCUGUUUGGAGAGCCCAGGAUUUUUGGAGAGGAAGCUACGGGCUACGGUCCCAUCUUCGAGGAGGAGCCGGUGGACGUGGUUUACUCCGAGGACUCGCCCGACGGAAGGAUCUCCAUGAACUGCCGAGCUCGGGCAAACCCGCCGGCGUCGUACAGGUGGCGCCGUGACAACUGGGAGAUCAAACUGAUGGAGCAGCCGGACGAGCACUACAGCCUGGUGGGCGGCAACCUGGUCAUCAGCAACCCCCGGCAGAAGAAGCACGCCGGCACCUACAUCUGCGUGGCCCGGAACAUCUACGGCACCGUCAUCAGCAAGGAGGCCCGGGUCAAGUUCGGAUUCGUGGAGGAGUUCCCCCAGGAGGAGAGAGAGCCGGUUUACGUGAAGGAAGGACAAGGCGCCGUCCUGCUGUGUGCGCCUCCCAAAACAUGGCCAGAGGAGGUGAGCUACCGUUGGAUCUUCAACGAGUUCCCCGUCUUCCUCAACCCGGACCGCCGCCGCUUCGUCUCGCAGAGGACGGGCAACUUGUACAUCGCCAAGGUGGAGGCUCGGGACGCGGGCAACUACUCCUGCUUCGUCUCCAGUCCCGUCGUGGGCAAGAGCGUCUUCUCCAAGUUCAUCCCGCUCGUCCCUCUGCCGCCCGAUGACGGUGAGGAGAGAAAAUACCCAGCGGACAUCAGAGUGAAGUUUGGAGACACCACAGCCUUGCUGGCCUCAAACAUCUCACUGGAGUGCUUCGCGCUUGGCAAUCCCGUCCCUCACAUUGUGUGGAGGAAAGUGGACCACACGGAUCUUCCGGCCAACCACGAGAUCAGCGAAUCAGGCGCGGUCCUGCAUCUCUACAACAUCCAGUAUGAAGACGUGGGAAGUUACGAGUGCGAGGCCAUCAACACCAAAGGGAAAGACUGGCACAAGGCCUGGGUUUACGUGGAGUCUGCUCCAGAGUGGGCGGAGACCAUCAACAACACCCAAAUGGACAUCGGUUCAGAGCACACCAUGCGCUGUGUUGCAUCAGGGAAGCCUUUCCCGUUCAUCCGUUGGUACAAAAAUGGCUACAUGUUCGGCAAAGGCGAGUUGAAGUUUUCCAGCUUGACCUUCGAUGACUCCGGCAUGUACCAGUGCAUAGCGGAGAACUACUGGGGCAUCAAAUACGCCAACGCUGAGCUGAGAGUGAUUGCCUGCGCUCCGACAUUUGAGUUCAACCCCUUGAAGAAGCAGCUCCUGGGGGCCAAAAAUGGCCGCGUGGUGAUAGAGUGCAAACCCAGAGCGGCGCCCAGGCCUCGCUUCACGUGGACCAAAGACAAAGAGCUGCUCUUCAACAACUCGCGCAUAUCCAUCAUGUUUGAUGGCACUCUGGAGAUUCUCAACGCCACCAUAAAUGAUGAAGGUUCUUACACGUGCUUUGCUGAGAACGACAGAGGAAAGUCCAACAGUUCUGGUUACCUCACAAUCACAGAGGCGACCAGCAUUACGACGCCUCCAGAGGACACUGAGGUGACAGUGGGUGACGAGGUGGUUCUGUCCUGCUCGGCGUCCUACGACCCCAUGCUGGACAUCACCUUCAUCUGGGCUGUGGACUUCAGGGUCAUCGACUUUCACGCCGAGUGGCAACACUUUGAACGCAUCAUGAGCGAAGACGGCAGCGGGAACCUGCGGAUCAAGAACGCGCAGAUCUGGCAUGAGGGUCGCUACACGUGCACGGCUCAGACCGUGGUGGACAGCGACAUGGCGUAUGCCGACCUCAAGGUCGUAGGAGUCCCAGGGCCUCCUGGUGUGAUCCGGGUGGAGGAUAUAGGAGACACGUGGGUCAAGCUGCUGUGGACCAAAGGAGCUGAUCAUAACAGGCCGAUUCUUCACUACACCAUUCAAAGCAGAAACUACUGGGCUCUGCAUGAGGACGACUGGAAGAACGCCACCACCUCUCCAACCUUCCUUGACGGUACUGUGGAGAGGGCGGAUGUCACAGAAUUGUACCCCUGGAUGGAGUACCAGUUCCGGAUCAUUGCCACCAACGAGUACGGCUCUGGGGAGGCCAGCAUCCCCUCGCUGAAGAUAAAAACAUGGGACGCUCCUCCGGUGGUCUCGCCCACUGACGUGGAGGGUUACGGCGGUAGGAAUGGCGAGAUAGUCAUCACGUGGAAGCCCGUGGAGCCGUGGUACUUCUACGGCAAGAAGUUUGGCUACAUCGUGGCCUUCAAGCCUCACGACGCGUACGACUGGUGGUACGAGACCAUCUCUGACCCGGAGACAAGGCGAUACGUCCACAAGGACACCUUCUUCGUCCCCACCGAGGAAGACUUCCAGUUUCGGGAGUUUCAGGUGAAGAUCAAGUCGUUUAACGUGAAAGGAGACGGGCCUUACAGUCUGACCAAGGUCAUCUACUACCCAAGAGAUGUCCCUACAGAGCCUCCUACAGACGUCUACGCCAGGCCAGUGUCCUCCACGGAAGCUCUGGUGUGGUGGCUGCCCGUGGUGGACACAGGAACAGGCUUACAGCAGUACAUUGAAGGCUACCAGGUGAAAUACUGGAGAAAAUAUGACGACCCAGAGGCGGGAGCCAAUCGCAUUUUUGUCCCGGCGACGGCGAACCAAACCAGGCUGGAGAACAUGCUGCCUGACGCCCACUACCUUAUUGAGGUGCGAGCCUUUAACGGAGCUGGACUCGGACCGCCGGGGGAAUACUGCGAGAUGUUCACCAAAAGACCACCGCCACCCGAUCCCCCCAGGAUGUGGCGCUUCAUCUCCUGGACAGGAAAGUGGUUGUACGUGUGGUGGGAUCAUGUCCAGUACGACUGGUUUGGGAACGUCUCCUUCCCUCUUUACUACAAGGUCAUGUUUCGAAAGACCGGUUACAUUUACGGGAAAGUGUACAUCACCGGCUGGCACUUUAUGGACUUCCCCAUGCCUCAGUUUGGAGACUACGAGCUCAUGGUGCGAGGACGCUACGAAGGAGGCGACGGCCCCGUCAGGACCAUUCGACUUUUGGGCGAGGCCUCCAUGACCACGCCCACUCUCGGCCUCACCUCUGCCACGUUCCUGGCGCUGUGCAUCGUGGGAUUGCAGCUUUAAGCCUUUGCCUUCACAAAACCCUUGCUGAAUUAUUUUUAAAAAUGGCAUCGUUGAAUUAUUUGUAAGAUAGUAUGUAAAGAGUUGUAUAACAACUGUUAUUGCAUUGGCUUUUAUGAAUAGCACACCCUAGUAGCAUACUAGUUUAUUUAUUAAAUCACUACCACUUAUGGACAGGGCUGUUUAUCUUUUUAAGCAUAUUAUAUAACUAAAUUAUUAUAUACAUAUAUACCUAAAAGAAAUACUUGAAAUUCAGUGUUCAUUUAUUUACACAUAUACACACACAUAACAUUCAUCUACUCAUUGUUGAGUUAAGGGUUGAAUUGUCCAUUGUUCUAUUCUGUCACUAUUUUUCUAACCAUGCUGAACACCCUCUCUGAUGAUGCAUUACUGGGUGGCAUGCACAAAAGUGCUUUCAUCAAAUGCACUACAGUCUGGAAUAUUCCAUCUCAUGGCCCAAAACGUACAGUAGAUGGCAGUAUUGUCCUGUUUAAGAGUGUCACAACAUUGCUGUUUACGGCUGACAAACUGCUUUACGGUAGACGAAAACGUGACUGCUGUUGUUGUGUGUUGUUACCGCGCUGGGAGGACGUUAAUGAAACUGCCUAACAAUAAACCCACAUAAGAAACCAAGACCUCGCCCUCGAUCAUUCUACAGUUAUAACGUCAUUGGGCAGGCACGCUGUUUAUAUUGUGGCAAAGCGGACGUGAAAACAGGCUGUCCUCACUCAGGUCCGCAUGGAGCUGGAGGGGGCGUGGCCUCCAGCUCUGCCAGAAUUUUGGGAGAUUUUCGUGAGAAAAUGUAUCCCGGGAAGUUUUCGGGAGAGGCGCUGAAUUUCGGGAGUCUCCCGUAAAAUCCGUGAGGGUUGGCAAGUAUGAUGUCAGAGCAUACAUUUUAAUAUAUAUUAUUUUUUUGGUUUAAAAUAGUAAUUAUAUUGAAUGAUAAAAACACAAAUAAAUAAAAAAAUCAUGCUUUUAUCACUAAAUAAUAAUGGUAAGUCUUUACAAAAUGUAAAUGUAAUUACUACUAAUAAUAAUAGAAUUAAUGAUGAUAUAACAAUUCCAUGCUUGAUAAUAGUAAUAAUAGAUCCAAUUAUAAUAUAACUAAUUAACUCUAAUUAAAUGUACUAAUACUUUAACGGUGAAUACAAAUUUAAACAAGUUGAAAUGCUUUUAGUGUUGAAUCACCUUAAUUGAUGCAGAUGCAUUUUUAAUGACAGGGUAAGUAGUAAAUGCGAUUAAAAUAAAUAAAUAAAUAAAAAACACCAACUUGGCACUUUUUAAUGCCCUCUCCCUGCAGUUAAAGUCCUUGCUGAAUUCCUGGGAAGCUGACUGAGCAGGAAUGAUGACAAAGACUUUGUGAUGAUGUCACCUCUGGUAAUUAACUAGCUCGCUCGGUUAGUGGAAUUAACGUUCUAUAAGCUUCAUUCGUGUUUUUCCUUAACCUCAAAAAAAAAAUAACGGGGGAUUAAUAUUUGGUUGAAGGACAUUUUAUUUUGGAUUUAUCUUGGUCAAUUAUCAUUGGAAAUGUCCUUGAAUUAUAUUUGUAUUUGAGCUAUUUUACCGCCUCGAGUAGCUUAAAAAAGGCAGCCAAAAUAUUCAAAACACCUCUUAGCUUGCAUUUAAUUAAUGAUUCAAAAAAUAGAUAAUGCUUCCUAGUGACUUUGAGCAUUUCUUUGUUGGAUUAGUAAUCAAAAAAGAGCAACUUUUGCGCAGCAGCACUCCACUAUGCUUUCAACUGAUAUUUACUAUGUCUAAUAAAAAGAAGUAUUUUUUUUUCUUCCUGUAUGUAAAUGUGCGAUUAUUGUGUUUGUGGAAGAGGAAGAAGGUGGAGAGCCCGUAUUAAUUAGAAUGUGUGCCACCUCAUAAAUGUCCUUCCAGCAUGUUUAUUUGCACAAUAAAAGCUCAGUGAAGCAACA